AACUUUACUUUUAAUCUUUGAUUUGUGAAUGACGUGGAUGUUGACGUUUUGACAGAUGGAGAAAUGAGGAAUGGAUAAAUUAGGUUUUUGUUGGGUAUUAUAUUAUCUGACCAAGUAAUACAUUGUGUGCUAUUGCAGUAGGAUGACUACGUACGAAGAGUUCAUACAGCAAAAUGAGGACCGCGAUGGGGUGCGCUUCACAUGGAAUGUGUGGCCUUCUAGCAGAUUGGAAGCCACCCGACUAGUUGUACCCUUGGGCUGCCUGUAUCAGCCUUUGAAAGAGAGACCUGAUCUGCCUCCAAUUCAGUAUGACCCUGUGUUGUGUACGAGGAGCACGUGUCGUGCUAUACUCAACCCGCUGUGUCAGGUCGACUACAGAGCUAAACUGUGGGUGUGCAACUUCUGUCUCCAGAGGAACCCAUUCCCACCUCAGUAUUCAGCAAUCUCUGAGCAGCAUCAGCCAGCUGAAUUGAUUCCAAUGUUUUCUACCAUUGAGUAUACAAUCACGCGCGCGCAGGGCCUGCCCCCCGUAUUCCUGCUGGUGGUGGACACCUGCGUGGACGACGAGGAGCUGGGGGCCCUGAAGGACUCCCUGCAGAUGUCGCUGAGCCUGCUGCCACCCAGCGCGCUGGUGGGGCUCGUCACGUACGGCAAGAUGGUGCAGGUGCACGAGCUGGGCUGCGAGGGCUGCUCCAAGUGCUACGUGUUCCGCGGCACCAAGGACCUCUCCGCCCGCCAGAUACAGGACAUGCUGGGCAUCGGCAAGUACGGCGCCCCGCAGCAGCCUCAGCAGCAGCAGCAGCAGCAGCAGCAGCCUCGAGGCCCCGGGGGUCAGCUGCCCUCCCCUGCCAACAGGUUCCUGCAGCCGGUCCACAAGUGCGACAUGAGCCUGACAGACUUGCUGGGGGAGCUGCAACGGGACCCGUGGCCCGUGGCGCAGGGCAAGCGCUCCCUGCGGUCCACAGGAGUCGCCCUCUCCAUCGCCGUGGGGCUGCUCGAGUCUGCCUACCCGAACACAGGUGCGCGCAUCAUGCUGUUCGUGGGAGGGCCGUGCUCCCAGGGCCCAGGCCAGGUGGUGAAUGACGACCUGCGCGAGCCAAUCAGGUCCCACCACGACAUCCACAAGGACAACGCCAAGUACAUGAAGAAGGCCAUCAAGCACUACGAGGCGCUCGCGUUCCGCGCGGCCACGAACGGACACGCCAUCGACAUCUACUCGUGCGCCCUGGACCAAACGGGACUCAUGGAGAUGAAGCAGUGCUGCAACUCUACUGGGGGUCAUAUGGUCAUGGGAGACUCCUUCAACUCUUCUCUUUUCAAGCAAACAUUCCAAAGAGUUUUCUCACGAGAUCAGAAAGGAGAAUUCAAGAUGGCUUUUAAUGGAACUAUGGAAGUGAAACUCUCCCGAGAAUUAAAAGUGUCUGGUGCCAUUGGACCGUGCGUGUCUCUGAAUGUGAAAGCCGCAAGUGUGUCGGAUGUGGAAAUUGGAAUGGGUGGAACUUGCCAGUGGAAGUUCUGUGGAUUUAAUCCACACACAACGUGUGCUAUGUUUUUUGAAGUUGUCAGUCAGCAUUCAGCUCCAAUUCCUCAAGGCGGCAGAGGUUGUGUUCAGUUCAUCACUCAAUACCAACAUUCAUCUGGACAAAAGAGAAUACGAGUCACCACAAUUGCUAGGAAUUGGGCUGACGCGUCGGCGAACCUGCACCACAUCAGCGCAGGUUUCGACCAGGAGGCAGCGGCCGUGCUGAUGGCUCGCACGGCUGUGUUCCGCGCCGAGACCGAUGAUGGCCCGGACGUUCUGCGAUGGGUCGAUCGUAUGCUCAUCAGAUUAUGUCAGAAGUUUGGAGAGUAUGGAAAAGAUGACCCAAAUAGCUUCCGACUUCCAGAAAACUUUAGCCUCUACCCACAGUUUAUGUACCACCUGAGACGCUCGCAGUUCCUACAGGUUUUUAACAACAGCCCAGAUGAAACAUCAUUUUACAGGCACAUGCUCAUGAGGGAGGACCUGACUCAGUCGCUCAUCAUGAUCCAGCCAAUCCUGUACAGCUACAGCUUCAAUGGCCCGCCAGAGCCUGUGCUAUUGGACACCAGCAGCAUCCAGCCAGACCGUAUACUGCUCAUGGAUACUUUCUUUCAGAUUCUCAUUUUCCAUGGCGAGACGAUAGCUCAGUGGAGGGCCCAGAAGUACCAGGACAUGCCUGAGUACGAGAACUUCCGGCAGCUGCUGCAGGCUCCCGUGGACGAUGCGCAGGAGAUACUGCAGACCAGGUUCCCGAUGCCGCGCUACAUCGACACGGAACAGGGAGGCUCCCAGGCCCGAUUUUUGCUGUCAAAAGUCAAUCCUUCACAGACACACAACAACAUGUAUGCAUAUGCAGGGAUGAUGCCGAUUCCCAAUGCGGUAGAGUCAUUUUAUCAAUUAUAUUUAUUUUCUGGUUGUGGGCAUGUCAUGCUGGUGCUUAUUUCUGUGGGGUUUUUUUUCCUCUAUAGUAGCUCAGAUUUCUCAUAUUGCACUUUUUGCUUUAUAAUUGCAUCUUUUGGCUUAGUUUUGGAAGUUGCUCUUUGCUCAUAUUUCUUGGCUGCUAUUUUGGCAAGUGGAUGUUAGCUCAUUGAGAAAUACAGUUACUCCGAAACCUCAUUCGGUAUGAGUCUGAAGGGAUCACAAUUUCAGCAGUUUGUGUUAAUGAGAUUUGGACUUAAAAACGGCAGAUAUAUCUUCUUUAUAAACAAUGGAAAGUUCUACUUUUGUUGAGUACAUAUAAAAAAUUCAUUGAAAGGAUUUGUACAGUUAAACCCCUGUUAAGAAUUUUUUUUUUUUUAAUGUUCUGAGAAAUUUAGACUUUUUAUUAACAGAUAAAAUUUAUAAUAGAAUGUUAAUGUAUCUAAACUUUAAAGGCCAUGUGGUAACAUUUUAUAAACUUAUUAUGCAGGAAACUUUCUUCAGAGGGUUUUACUGUAUUUACACUGGCUUCAUUGUUUUUAUUCACCAUUAACAACAUACUCUCUGAACUGUUUUGUAAUGGUAUUCUGGGUAAAGAAAAAUGGUUUAUAUUCUCUAUUUAAUAUUCUACAUACAAUGAGUGAGUUUGAGGCGGUGGAUGGUUAGCAAGAUGAGUCAUGAAGCUCGCACACAUACUAAAAAGGGAUAGUUGGGAUUACAUUGUGUAGAGCUGCUAAUGAGCAGUUCACUGUCAGAAUGGUUACUAAAAGCUUUAAAUGGAAUGUGCUCCACAUGUCAGUGAUGUCUCUCAUGUAAAAGCUUUGCUGUACUUUCUGUUGCCUUUUUGCCUUUUCCACAUAUGUUUUCACAUUAUUGCGGCUUAUGUAUAUCUUUUUAUCUGACACCUUGUUGCUUACAUUCUUGUUUGUCGUGUUUUGAUUAUUAUUUUAAGGAAUUGUACUUCAUAAUAUGGUAUGGUAAAAAGUAAUUACAAUGAGAACUAGCUGUGAAGAAUGCAGUAUCAAAAAAUUUAGAGCAGCAACUUAAAUGUAGGUGCUUUUUGUAGAGUUAAAAAAACUACAAUAAAUUGUUGUCAUAGG